AUGUUCAUGGUUAGGCCGAAAUUCGCAUCGAUCUGGCAUAAUUUCAGUACGGUAGCGAAACACAGAAGAAUUCCGUCGAAGUACAGGUCUAUGGCCAUCGGAAAAGCCCAGAAAGCCAUUGCAGACUAUCUCCACACAUUCAGGUCUCUCUCCUACAAUCACGCCGACCACAUUGCCACAAACGCCUCGGUUUCGAUCGGAAAUCUCAUCCGGCAGCUCGAUUUCUCCGUCCCGACCUUUUCCAAGUCGCUCCGGAAGCAUCUGAGCUACCACCCUAUAAACGAGUUCGAAUUCUUCUUCGAGAGCAUUGGCAUUGAUUACAGCGAGGUUAGCGAGUAUUUGCCCGAGAAGAAAUUCUUCUUCUACGAGGAUCGUACUGUGUUGGAUGCAGCUUGUGCGUUAUCUGGAUUCGGGUUUCCUUGGAACAAGCUGGGUAAGUUGUAUAAAGAGGAAAAAUUGGUUUUUCUGCAGAGCCCUGAAGAGAUUCAAUCGAGGCUGCUUAAAUUGAAAGAUAUAGGGUUUGGUACGGUCGCUGUGAUUGGUAUCUGUUUAGCGAUUCCUCACACACUGUGUGGCGGUGGUGAAUUAUGCGCGGAGACUCGUUGGUUGUUUGUUAAGCUGAAGAGAGUUUUCGAAGAAUUGGAUUCACAGAAUCUGUUCGAAGAAAAUGUGGACUCUUGGUUUGCCAUUAGUAGGAAAAUCAAGGUCUUUUACGAUAUGGGUUUUGAGAAUGAGGAGAUGCGGGAGCUUAUGGGUAGAAGUAGAUCACUUUUCAUGGAGUUUUCAGAAGAAGCUCUCAUGGAAAAAACUGAGUAUUUUUGUAGAUUUGGUGUUGGGAAAGAAGAUGCUGCUAUUUUGAUUCUUCGAAACCCGGAUAUUAUGGAUUUUGAUCUAGAGAAACCGGUGAUCUCGGUGAUGGGAAUGCUUAAGCAUCUUGGACUGAGCCAGGAUGAAGUUGACGCUGUUGCUCAGAAGUACCCAUACGUUAUGGGUAGAAACAAGUUGAAGAAUCUACCGCAUGUGCUUAGAGCAUUGGAUCUACAUGAAAGGAUCUUCGACAUUUUGAAGAAUGGGAGCCAUCAUUUACUUGGUAGCUACUCGUUGAUGGACCCUGAUGAAGAUUUAGACAGAGAAUAUCAAGAAGGCGUGGAGGAGGCUAAACACUCACGGUACAAAGUACACAAUGUUCAGAAACUAGAUUUCCUUCAUGGAAUAGGUUUUGGCGAGAACCGGAUCACCGUGAAGAUACUACAACACGUCCAUGGUACCGCUGCGGAGCUACAGAACCGGUUACAGAUCCUAAUAGACAAUGGUUUCGAUUUCUCAAAGAUAUGCAAGUUGAUAAGAUCAGCACCAAAGAUCUUGAACCAGAAACCGGAGAGCAUACAAGACAAGAUAAGGUUCCUCUGUGACGAAAUGGGAGAUUCUUUGGAUUACCUAGAGAUUUUCCCAGCUUAUCUAUGUUUUGACCUGGAGAACAGAAUCAGUCCAAGGUUCAGAUUCCACAAGUGGCUCGUGGAGGAAGGUUUGAGCGAGAGAAGCUAUUCAGUCGCAAGCCUUGUAGCUACCAGCGAAAAGACCUUCAUAGCUCGUCUCUAUGGGAUUCAUCCAGCACUCCCUAAACAUUGGUUCGAACGUUUCUCCAACAGAAAAACCAGAAACACUGUAUCCUAA